UGGGCGGCGCCAUCCGGGGAGGAAGAGGCGGAGGCGGCGAGAGGCGAACAAAGAGCGCCGGCAGCCGCGCCGAGCGGAGGGAGCGUGUGGGCCGGCGGGGCAGGGGCCAUGUCGGGCACGGAGCCUCCGAAGCCGCCGCCGGGGCCGCGGGGCCUCCUGGGCCGCCUGAACCGGCGGAGCUGAGGCGGCGCUGCUGCUGCUGCUCGCAUUGCCCCCUCAUGGCCGCGGGAAGGGGCAGCUCCUCCGGGUGAAGGAAGGAAGGAAGGAGGUGGCGGCGCGGCGGCGGCGUCCCUGAGGGGGAGAAGGAGGCGGCGGCGGAGGCGACCGGGGGAGGCCAGGCGCCUUCUCACCUCAGGCCGGGCAUGGCGGCGGCGGCGGCGGCCGGCGUGAGCUACUCUCCUCCGUGGUGGGUGAGCCUCUUGCACCGCCUGCCCCAUUUCAGCCUCCGCUGGGAGGCCGUCGGCGACGACUUCCGACCCGAGGACGCCGAGUACCAGCAGGCCCUCUUGCUGCUGGGUGGUGUUGCUCUGUCCUGCCUUGCUCUGGAUCUCCUCUUCCUCCUUUUCUAUUCCUUCUGGUUAUGUUGUCGCCAUCGGAAAACUGAAGAACAGCUGAAUGCAGAUUGCUGCUGUACAGCUUGGUGUGUCAUCAUUGCAACUCUGGUCUGCAGUGCUGGCAUAGCUGUUGGCUUCUAUGGAAAUGGGGAGACCAGUGAUGGCAUUCAUCGGCUAACAUCUUCACUGCGGCACGCCAAUCUCACUGUUGCAGGGGUCCAAGACCGGGUGCAAAAUAUUGCAGUUGCUCUGAACAAAACAGCAGAGCCCAACUUGGGGUUCCUGGAGGUAAUGUUUGCUAAACAGACAGAUUACCUGCACGUGGUUCAAAAGCUACAAGGACUCUUGGAUGAACUUGUGAGGCAGACAACAGAGAUUCCUUUCUGGAAGAAUGAUGACGUCUCUCUAGAAUUGCUGGCAGGUCGUAUUGAUCUGUAUGACUGGUACAGGUGGCUGGGAUACCUGGGCUUACUCAUGUUCCAUGUCCUAAUCUGUUUGCUGGUGCUAUUUGGACUAAUUAGAAACUCAAAGGCCAUUCUUGUGGGAGUGUGUCUUCUAGGGGUGCUUGCCCUCAUUGUGAGCUGGGGGUCCCUGGGUCUGGAGUUAGCUGUUGCUGUGGGUUCAAGUGACUUCUGCGUUAACCCUGAUGCCUACAUCUCCCGAGUGGUAGAGGAUUAUGCGGUGCUAAGUACAGAUACUCUGAACUAUUAUCUUGUCUGCAAUGCUGGCUCCCUAAAUCCGUUUCAGCAGAAGCUGUCGGGAAGCCACAAGGUCCUGGUAGAAAUGCAGGAUGAUGUGCUGGAGCUGAUGAAGUCUGCCGUCAAAGAAUACCCCGCUUCCAAGGAGCACAUCAGUCAAAUCCAGGGAGUUCUGAAUACCACCGAAAGCAACCUGCAGCACCUGACUGCCCUGGUGGACUGUCGGAGUCUCCAUUUGGAUUACAUACAAUCUCUGACGGGCUUCUGCUAUGAUGGUGUGGAAGGGCUUAUCUAUCUGGUUCUCUUCUCCUUUGUCACUGCCCUCAUGUUCAGUUCUAUAGUGUGCAGUGUCCCGCACACUUGGCAGCAAAAGAGGAGUUCAGAUGAUGAUGGAGAGGAUGAAUCGACUGCUCAAGGGAACAGGCAAACGCACGACAACUUGUACAGGGUGCACAUGCCUAGUCUUUACAGCUGUGGGAGCAGCUAUGGAAGCGAGACCAGCAUCCCAGCAGCGGCGCACACAGUCAGCAAUGCUCCUGUCACAGAGUACAUGAGCCAGAAUGCAAAUUUUCAGAACCCCCGAUGUGAGAACACACCUUUGAUUGGCCGGGAGUCUCCACCUCCCUCCUACACCUCCAGCAUGAGAGCCAAAUACCUCGCCACCAACCAGCCUCGGCCAGACUCUGGCAGUGUGCAUUAAAAACUAGAAUGUGGUCUAAGUUUUAAAAAAAAGGAACAAAACGUGCCAACUGCUGCCAUCCUGUGUUGUCCUCGCAGAACAGCCCUGCUUUUUUUCUGUCCUGAAUCUAGCUCAGUUGCUUUUCUUGCUUCUCCACCCCUUUGGAGUGCACUUGGGGCAAAGCUAGGUGGAAGCUUAUUACUGAUUAAGGCUAUACUUACUUGCACCUGUGUGUGCAGGAGUGGACAGAGAAGCAAGGUCCUGUGCACACCUGCAGGAGACUCGCCAGUUCACCCAUGUUGCCCUGCUAUGUGUGGGAUCAGCUUUUGUUGACCGCCAAUCAGGAAAUUGCAAGCCGCUUGCCACCUUUUCUGCCAGGCCUCUGUCUAAUUCAUUGAGGACGAAAAUGGUGUCGUGAGUCAAGCCUAGAAAAAGUGGAUCAUCUUACAGAAGUACUAUGGAUGCAACAUACUAAUCCGAGGAAGCCAUAUUUAAUGCGCACACUGUCAUAAAGUUCACGUGCACUCAGCUUCUACUGCAUAUCUCUCAUCUCUGUGCUACUCUAGAGAAGCGUCUCCUCAUUCCAGGAUCGACAAAUCUGGGAGGCCACCUCUUCCUUCCGUGUUAGAAUGAGAAGGCCUGCUGAUUCAAUCAUCCUCUUCCAGUACAAGUUUACUUCUCUCUCCCUCUCUUUAGACCUAGGUGCAAACACCUGGGGAGAAGUAGGGGGCUUCCCUUGCCAACUGCUGUAUUCUCACUCCCCACACGCUCUGCAUGCACCCACAUGCAUGGAUGAGUUCACAUCGGCUGUGCUGAAUUUUCCCACUCUACUUUGCCACUAGACUUUCUAAUAGCAAUCAGCAGAAGUUCUUUGACACUGAUGUACAGACAUGAAACUGGAGCCAGCAUUCCUUCUGGUGCCAAAAUAUUUCAGGACAAUGGUUAAGGAGCAUUAGACGGGGGAGAGAAGCAUCUUAUCUCUGCUGUUGGCCGCAUGGCACGAGUGUAACACGAUGAAAGCGCAACUAAGAGUGCCAGCCAGGUUCGGUGCAAAUGUUCCCCUGUGGCAAGAUGGACUUACUGCUUGUUCUGAGCAUUGGGACAUGCAAGACCCUAGAAGCGUUGGAUUCAGAUAUAGACCUUUGGGAGAGCUCCACAAUCAAUCUACAGAUUUAUGCUGCUCCUGUAUCCCAGAAUUGGGGAGCAAAAAUACUGUGAAUGUCAGAACAGGUUUGAUAUUUGCUUUUUCUCCCACCACCCUCUUUGGCCCGUCAUGCUAAUCUCUCAUAUUGGCUGCACAAACCACAUUCCAGUUGCCUCUUAAAAUGAUGUGUGCUGGCAACAAAGAUCGACAGCAGAUUGAGAGAGAUCAAAGUUCAGGGAUGCCUGCACCAGUCCCACAGCUGCUGCAUUGAAGGUGCUCUAUUUGAUAAAACACCAUGGGGGGCCAGGGGUGGGGGGUGACAACAGGAAAUACUGGACAGGGAAGGCCUUUACUUAUUUAAUACUUUGAUUUUUCAUUUCUGUGUAACUUAUCCCACAACAAGUGACUAGAGACAGGGUAAAAUACCUCCCAGUGUCAGCUGAGAUACCAGAUCACUUUUUUGCGUGGCACCUUUGUUAGAACUUGGGGGGGUCCUCAUUUAAGUUCACGUAGAAGCCACAGUGAGUUUGUCCCAUCACCUAGGACAGUAUUGGAGGAGAACUCCUCCAGACAUAGAAUGAUAGAAUUGUAGAGUUGAAAGGGACCUUGAGGAUCAUCUAGUCCAAUCUCCUGCAAUGCAGGAACAUGCAGCUGCCCCAUACGGAUCAAACCUUGAUGUUAGUAGCACCACCAUGCUCUAAUCAACUGAGCUGUUCACCCACUUGAUAACCCGUAUCUCUUCCAUUAGCGAAGGGCUGCUUUCAGGGGAAGGUUUGUAUGCCUUCUCCUUGGAAAUAGGUUACUUCCUACAAGGGCGUGACUCUUUUGCACUCUGCUUACUGAGAAAGUGGAGGAUGCUAACGGACCAUGGGAUCUUUGGGUGCUGCCUGCAGAAGGAUAGAAAGAAAAGAUUGAAACAGUCUUCAGUCAGUUGUCAAAAAGAUUUAUGUGUAUAUGAACAGCAUAAUAAGCCUUUAAAUUUACCUCUGGGUAUAGAUUCUGGUAAUAUGCUAUCCAAUACAAUUAGGAGAGGGGUCCACAAAGUUAAAGACUGUAAAUGUUUAUGUCCUCCCUGCUAUCCGGCAACCUUUUGAUAAUUACUGUCCAUCUGGCUAGCUCCAAAACUGGUCUCUUUUCCCACUCUAAGGACCAUACUGCACAUUGCAAAGCAGCAAACCCACACUUGCCAUUGAGUGCACACUCAGUUGGGAGUUAAUCCUCAAUUCUGCUUAGGUACAUGGUUUUGAAACACCUUGUUUGCUCAUGCUUCUAAAACAAAAAAAUGUAGGUGUACACUUAAAACAUCUUAAAUUUAUGGAACAGUUUUCAGAUUAUACUGGAGAAGCAGCCCCCAAAUAGCACCCUGGGUAGCCUAGCCAUGAUUUUUAAUGGCUUGAGAAAGGCAAGCCUUCAAACAAGGUCUCUCCCACCCCAUGCCCACUAGUGUAGAAAGGAAGAGAUUCAUAGAGUAUGAAAUCAUAGAACUGUAGAUUUGGAAAGGACCUCAAGGGUCAAGUAGCCCAACCCCCUGCAGAUGCUCCAGUAAAUGCUGUCUGUCCAUACUGAUGCUAACCAAGGGACCAACAAUAACAUUACAGUAACCACUAUAGAAAUUGCCUUCGUCCAAGGUGUAGCUGCAACUUACGCUCUGAAGAGGAAGGAGCAACCGGGUACACUGCUGGAUCAUGAAUUGCCAAAUGGAGAUGUGCUUAGUAUAUUCCAUUGGAUUUCUGGAAGGAGACCAUUUGGGGAAAAGUGAUGCUAUAAGGCAAAGCUGCAAGGUCUCUACUGUGUGGAUUCGGCUGGGGGACUCUGGACUUGAUGUGACUUUUUUUCCAACUUCCGUAGAGUCGCAGCAUCUAACUGCCUUGUUGCAUGCAAUGCAGGACCUUGGUGUAUAUCUUAAUUAACGUGGGCAAGACUCAACUUGGUUUUUAAUUGAACCUCUUUUUUAAAAAAACGAAAAGAACAACACCGAUAUGAAUUCCUGAGUGACACCAACAGCAAGUGGGGAUUUUCCAAGGCUAGUUGAAGUGGACCUACUUCUGAAAAAGAAGCUGGCGUGUGGGGGCAUUUGCACUGGCACGAGGAGAAGUGCACGCAGUGGUGACCUGCAAGUGAGGUGACUCUGUGCAGUCUCUUGUGCAAUCCCAAACCAUCUGUGGUUGCAGCAUGUCUGUGGAAUCAGCUUCUCAGGAGUUCUCUGCGUCAUUUGUUCCACCCCCACCCUGCCCUCCAGGCCAGCUUCUGAACAGACUAAUUCCAAAUUGCUGACUGGCUGGUUUUAUCUUUUAGCUGGCUUUGGUGCCUGUUGGGGCUCUUAAAUAUCUUUGGUAUAGCAAGUGAAACCACAAAAAAACUUUAUUUUUUCCUCUGUCCUAAUUUGUAUGAGUUUUUAAGUAAUGUGAUGGGGGGGGGGAACAAUCUCAAGACCAUAUUGCUUGGAAUGUGUCCUGGCUGAUUUCCUCAGCGACUCUCAAAUCAUUUCAGAACCAUCGCCCUUUGAUUUAGUUUCUGAAAUUCUGGAGAGGGAGGAAGACCGAUAUCUAGUACUGCCUGAUCAGAAUCUAAAUGAGGCAGUGAGACAUCGGAAUGGGGAACGAGUGGUAAAGACUCUCCUUUUGAUUUUCUUUCUCUUUCCCUCCCCCACCCCCCAGUGCAUCUGUGGCCAUCUGCUUGUCUGCUUUAUUUGGUCAUGUUCCUCCCCUUUUCCUCCCCCCCCCAAAAAACCCCCCAUGACAUUGUCACAGCACUUUUUUUAUUAAAAAAACAAUUGUGAACCAAGAACCUUGUCAAGCACACAAACAUCUCCACAAUGUGAAAUGUAUAUAGCAUGUUGGACUCUCUGCGUCCAGUGUUCAAGACUGCAUUGUAAUCGUUUAAAAAAAAAAAGGAAAUUGAAUCAAGACUUGGCUGUGAAUUUAUUUUUUCGUGUGUGUGCUGUCCUGGAAAUAAGUGUAGUGUUUUGUAUCCUGUAUGUUAAUGUUAGCUGACUCCAUUUUGAGUUCAUUUUUGCUUAUUAAAAGAAAAAGAAAAAAGAAGGGUUCAGUGUACGAACUUGGCGUUCAUCCACGUAUGCCGAUCUGAGGAGUUCGAUUCUCCUCUGUUGUCCCCUAUUCCGUGUUAAAUACCACUGGAAACAUAUUUUCAUUUAGUGCCUCGGGUGUGACCAGCUUAGCAGUGAUGGAAGGAGAGGGAGGCCCAGAAUUUCCCAAGCCGCAGAUUGCAUGUUCAUGGAAAGGUGUUUGUGUGUGUGUGCUCAGGGUACGAUUUCCAAGAAUAAUUAAAGCUUCCACAUUACUGCUUAGCCCAGGCAAUUGGUGGCGCCUAGAUUCAUCUUGGCCAUACAGCUUGUGACCUACCAAGCCAAACAGCACACCUCACUCAACAAGCCGCCUGUUUUUGUUUUUCUGCCUGCCUGGAUGUGCAGAAAUGGCAGUGUUGAAACUCCUGGCAGGCCACUUACUGUAAGCAGAUGGGGAGCCAGUUUCACUUGGCUUGAAUUUGUGCAUGUCUUGAAAUUCUUGGUGCUAAACACUAUUUAGAAAGCCUGUGCCGCCUCUGCUCAUUAUCCCCUGUUAGGAUGAGCAUUGUGUGUGUUCACAAAGGGGAAGAAUUCUACCUACAUUUUGCAGUAAUCAAUGUCGCAGUGGCUGACCCAGCCAUGAGAAAGAAGUUGAGCUUCUCUCUUUUGACACAGCUUUAGCCUGCAGUUCAAGUUCCUACUUCAGCAUGGAAGGUUGAAAGUCAUAGGACCAUUUCGCAUAAUGCUGUGUGUCAGAUUGUAGCAGAGAUACUGUGGGAGAGUUUUGGUUGUGUGAAAUGUGUCCCAUGCAUAAGUUUUCGCGUGGUACUCAUGAACUGGAGGCAAGCUUAUGUGAUUCACAUGCAAAAAAUACUUCUUAAAAGGCCACAUGGAUACAAGCCAGUGUUAACUUACACUGUUCUUGCCUGCUCUCAGCCAGCGUUUCAGGAGACCGUACAGACUCUCUGCCAUCCUUAGCAAGGCUUUGAAUAUCAGGCAAGAUCUUUCUUUUCCAGGACCAGCCUCCCAUGAGGAUUAAUAGCUAGGAGGCUUGGAUUUCAACUCCUUAUGCCAUGCAAACAUUUAUCUCAUACAUUUCCUGAAUUUUCAGGCUAUAAUUCAUUGUGCUCUCUUUGAAUUGCCUGCAAUAUUAAAUCAGCUGGGUUCCCCUUUUCUUCACCUUAGAUAUUUCCCAUUUCUGUUACUCACGAUUAAUCUGUAACUUGGAUGGGAAACCAGUGUCCAUGUUGUUGGACUCCAACUCCCAUUAGCCCCAGCCAAUGGUUCUAAUCAUCAUGGAUGAUGGGAACUGUAAUUUAGGGCUUUCCCCACCCUGUUUUAACUAAUGGCUGGCCAGGACCCCAAAAUCCUUAAGUCUAACCCAGUUUGAACUUGUAUCUUGAGCAGGCCCUGAGCCACAUUGGGAGCUUGCUGUUUGAAAGGAGUCUAUGGGGCAUGUGAGAGCCUUUGGAAACCUCUAGAGCAGGCUUCCUCAAACUUGGCCCUCCAAAUGUUUUUGGCCUACAACUCCCACGAUCCCUAGCUAGCAGGACCAAUGGUCAGGGAUGAUGGGAAUUGUAGUCUCAAAACAUCUGGAGGGCCGAGUUUGAGGGAGCCUGCUCUAGAGUAGCUUCUUGGAUCUUAGCCAUUUAUGUGUAUGUGUGUGAGAGAGAAAUUGCUAUUCACAGCUAGUUGCAGGACUGCAGAGUUUGAUUCCUGGAAUGUUAUCUGCUAGAACAAGAAAGAAUCUCUGCUGCUAAUCUUUAUUUUUGAGCUUGCCCAAGAGAGAGAAGAUGCAGAGACACACUUUGCUUUUCCAAGGGAUCCGAUUAAAAAAAGACCGAGUAGAAUUAAUCUCAGCCUUAAGAAGUGCUCAGUGCUGAAAAGAAAGAGGGUAAGAGCCACUCUUCCAACUUCCUGUUUCAGCUCUAUGUACUUUUAACCACCCUUAUCACCCAAUGAUCUAGGGGGGCAUCAAGUGGGGAGGCUCAGAGGCCCCUGCAAGGGGAGAUCUCAAGGGCGCUUCAUUGGCAACCCAUGGCUUAAGCUCCCAUAACCUCUAAAGUGUAUGGGAAACUUGAUGGGACCAUGGAAGUGAGAGCUGGGAUCUCCUAGAGCCUAGACUUUUUUCAUUCUUGAUUGACAUGCAGUUGUCAGAUGAGAGUUUGGCGGUGGGAUUGGGGAGAUGGCUUGGCUUCACUAGACUUCAGUUUUUCCUCUGUAAACGAGGCAACUCUCCUCUCGCCCAACUGGGUGAAGUUUUGCUUUGACGUCCUGCAUAGGAAGAUGCAGAGGUGUGGGCUUUUAUUUAUUUAUUUAUAACAGAAAACUGCCCCUUCUGGGUGCACUUGGACCAAAAAAGAGGAAGAAAAGGCCAGUUUUUAAGCAGGCAGCUAUGAGGAAAGCAAAGCGUUAUUCCUUUCAAUAUUUAAAGAGGGGUUGCUCUACUCCCUCAGGAUCAUUCUAGGUGCUGAGUGUCUUCGACAACAAGAACAACACCACUGUCCUCUCUAUGCAAUGUUGGUUUUUUCUAUUUUACGUUAGGAUUCUGAAUUUCUCCACCACAAGGGCUCCAUCUCCAGAGAGCGAUGAAGUAGUUGGCAAGAAUGUUGCUAACACACACACACACACACACAGAGCUUCAGGUGUUUUGGUGCUGUUAAAUUUGCUUCUGGGAUUUGCCAACUAGGAUGAACCAGCUAUGGUAGCUGUGCUUUUCAUUAGCACAUUAGCAGACCAAUGGCAGCCACAAUUGGGAGAUGACUGUGUUUGUCCCCAUGCUGUAAAAAGGCACAAGAAUAGGCCAGGCUGCUUUUCCUGGCCAGUUGGCAACCCUAGCUGUAACAUCGGUCCUGGAUCCUUUGUUAGCAAGAGUCAACGUGGGAAUUGCCUGAGGACUUCUCUCUUCCGGCUUCACUCCCUCACCUUUUGACUUACUGUCACAGAAACAUACCAGUGAAGACAAAACUGACAUUUUCUCUCUCUCCUAACUUGGUUUUGUUUAAAACCACAAUGGCUGUACUGUAUAUCAUGCCACUUUAUACAUAUAUAAAGAUGCACAUGUAUAUGUGUGUAAUUUUUUUAAGCCUUUGAACAUGACUAGUUGCUUUCAAGUGUUCUGCACUUACCCCAAAUGUUUUGAAAUUUUGUGGGGGUAUAAACUGAGGAGUGAGCCUGUUUUUGUAUCCUUCCCUUUCCUCUCAUUAGUUUUAUUAAAUUGUACUGUAACCAUUUUUUAAUUUUUUUUACUGGUUUGGGUUUUCUUUCCCCCCUUGUUCAGCAAAUGCUAAACAAAAAGUUCUAAAUGUAAUUUCUGUGGUUUCUAUUCAGCUUCAGUUUAAUGUUUUAAAAUAAACUUUGAAAAUGCA